AUGAGAUUGAGUUGCUUUACAUGUUAUCAACAAGGUUAUCAUUCUGCUCAUCCUUAAAAUGUUAAAAAAUUAGAUAGUUUGUAUGAUUUUGUAGAAGUGAAAAAUAAAGAAUGUGAAGAUUUGAUUGAACAAAUUAACUAAUACAUAAGUUCUAUAAAUUAAUCAUUUUCCAAAUUAAUUAUGGGAAUCAAAAAUAAAUAUUAUUUCUAAUAAGCUUAAUUACCAUAAUUAAAGUCUUAAUAAUUAAAUGAUUUAGUGAAUUAAAUGAUUAAACUUCCAGAAUAUAAAUCAUAAAUUAUAACAAUAAUAGAAGAAGAAAUAUUUCAAAUUAAAAAAAUAUUUGAGAAAUUAUACCAAGAAUUACAAUUAUCAUAGUUGAAAUAUAAUGAGAAUUAUAUGUGUUAAAAAUAAAGAUAAAGGGAAUUAUAUGAGAAAGGUAUAAAAAAAGAUUAAAUCUAAGCUUAUAAAUUAUGUUGGGAUGAAAAAAAGUAUGUAGAGGCAAUUUAAAAUCUUGAUCAAGUUCUUGAGUUGGAUCCAAAUAAUGUUGAUUCAUUAUGGUGUAAAGGUGAUAAUAUGUUUUAUUAAAAGGAACUUGUUUAAAAAAUCUUAAUAAAUAUUAAGAUGCAAUUAUUUGUUUAGAUAAGGCAUUAAGUAUUGAUCCAAAUGAUGUAACUACCUUAACUUAAAAAGGUUAUAAUAAAUAAAAAAAGUUUAGGUUAAUGCUUAAGAAAUUUGAAUGAAUAUGAAGAUGCAAUUAUUUGGUUUGAUAAAGCUUUAAACAUUGAUCCAAAUCAUGUUAUAUCUUUAAGUUAAAAAGGUAAGUAACCACUUAAACUUUUAGGUUAAUGCUUAAGAUUGCUCAAGUAGUAUUAUAAUGCCAUUACUUGGUUAGAUUAUGCAUUGAAGAUUGAUCCUAGUCAUGUUGUAUCUUUAAAUGAAAAAGGUUAAUUUAUAAUAAUUUAAUAAGGUUAUUGUUUAAGAUAAAUUAAUAAUUUUAAAGAUGCUUUAAAAUACUUUGAUUUAUCUCUUAAUAUUAGUCCUGAUAAUACAUUUUCACUUUCAUGCAAAGGCAAAUGUUGUAAUUGAUUUUUUAGGAGCUUGCUUAGAGGAUUUAUAAUAAUAUUCAGAAGCUAUGAUAUAUUAUGAAAAAUCUUUAUAGAUAAAACCAAAUGAUAAAUGGACAGCUAACAGAAGAGGUAUCACUAUUUCUUAUUAAAAGAUGGAUGCUAAAAAAAAUUGAAGAAGUGA